AUGGAGAGCCGCAGGCGGGACAUGGAGCUGCUGAGCAACAGCAUGGCCGCAUAUGCGCACAUCCGAGGGGGCCGGCUGUGGCUGCGCCUCUCCUGCCGGCCCGCCGCACGCCCCCCACCGUGCCCAAGGGACCUCAGCGAGGACGAGGAGGAGGAGGACGAUGAGGAGGACGAGGAAGAGGACACUGUUGACCAUGCGGCAUCUGAGUUGCUGCUGCCAAUGACCGAGAUCCCGCUGGAGAGCCAUGGCCCUGGGGACGGAGCGCUGGCCAUCAAUGUCUUCGCCUCAGCAGAGGAGCUGGAGCGGGCGCAGCGGCUGGAGGAGCGCGAGCGCAUCAUCCGCGAGAUCUGGCGCAAUGG